AGAAUUUCAAUGUUGAAAAAGCAGAAGCAUGUGGUGAUGCGAAAUUUUGGAAGCACUACAAAAAUGUCUCUUUCGAUUCCGACCUACGCCUCUCCGCGUGUCACGCUGACGUCAGAGGGAGGCGCAUCAUGCGAGAUCGGCGUCUGGGGUGCGCAUGUUCUCAGCUGGAAAGACGCUACCGGCACUGAUCUUCUUUAUAUGAGCAGUGGCGCGAAGUUCGAGGCGGGUAAGUUAAGGUUUAGCAAAUUCAUUGCAUUCGUUACUACCAUUUUUGACCUUUUUGCCAUCGUGGAAAGGAGCCAGGAACGCUCUAAAGAAGUAAGAAGUCAGUCAACAUCUAAGCAAGACGGCGCUGAGAGGUGGCAUCCCGAUCUGCUGGCCUGCUUUCAACACCAAGAAACCUAGCGUAGGAAAGCAUGGAUUCGUCCGGACAGCCACGCAUGAUGAGUGGAAGGUAGAAACAUCCUCUGCCUCAAGCGCGACGCUUACUUUUAGAACCACAUUUGGGCGUUGCAUUGGCGACGGAACGGGACCGGACGAUGGUGGAGGUCGUUCUACUUCAUCAGAAGAGGCUGUGUCGACCCACACUGCGCCAGUCGAUUUGAGUGUCGAUUUUCUCCUGACAGAUACAGCACUCGCUUUGCAAUUGCGUGUGAAAAACGGACACGGCAGUGCGGCUCUUCCGUUUUCCGGAGCACUGCACACUUACUUUGCGAAGGGUGCGGACCAGAAGCUUGUAGUUAGAGGCUUCAAGGAUCGAUACGAGUACACGCGGGAACUAGGAAAAGAAUGGAAGAAUGAGGAUGACGAAGUCGCGGUUUCAGGCGACAUGGAAGUGGAAAGGAUGUAAGCGAUGACGUUUUCGAUUUGUGUAGGUUAAACUGGACGAUUUUAUAUAGAUACUGGAAGACGAAAUAAGUGCUCUUGUUGGAUGUACGGGUAGUAGAGGAAAAUUUAGAAAACAGAAUGGAGUUUGAGGGUCAAUGAGAGGAUCAAGCCCACAUAUCAAAACGCGCCUGAGGUUUAUACCUACUAAAAUCCAGGUUCUACGUCCCUUCGGUAAUCGAUGACGGUCACUCAGUUCCCGAUCCAUCUCCUUCGACUUUGAGCGAUCUUAUUUUCACUUCUGCCUAUUCCAAAGAACCAGCCACUUCUUUCGCAGCGACGUCAAACCGACCAACACCUGCAAAGCUGCAUUUGUACCAAUCUAAAUCGCUGCCUGACACGGUGGUUUGGAAUAUAGGGAAGAAUGUUCCAGAAAAAAUUCCUAAAGAUUUAGACGACCCUGCUGCCUACAUUUGCGUGGAGCCGGGAAUAAUUGAAGCAGAAGCGUCAGUUUUACCAGGGAAGACGUGGGUGGGGUGGCAUGUGAUGCAGUGUGUACAAGAUGCAGGGAGCUGAGCUCGGAUUCAAAGUGAAUGCUGUCCAAGAGCUGAUUCUUUUAUAGAAAACUUGGGCUCUGACAUGGUCUGAGGAGAUGCAACACGAAAACUGACUGACAUCCCUUUCCUUUGGUUUCGUGUUGUGAUUUUUAGAAAAACGUGAGAAUAAACUCGGAGGAUUCCCAUACACAGGAGUGUUAGACUUUGAGAUCCUGGAAAAAAUGGAGAGUUGUUUGACGAUCUCAGGACACACAAGCAAAAGAUCUGAUCGAAUUCAUACACGUUCUUUUGAUAGAUCGACUUGCACUGAAAAAUCUAAAUUACUCAUAGGAAGGCGUACGUGAAACAACGCAAGGUCAUUCGAAUUCGCUGUACCACGAUUAUGAUCUGUACCACGAGCUUAGACCUGUACCGAAAGCGAAGAUCUCAAGCAAUGGAUCCUAAAAAACGCUUGUUAACGGAAUUGUUGCUCAAAAGAAGAAUUUUCCGCACUGCUUGAUCCUAAGAAUAUUGAGGAUCUCCAACUGUGAUUGAGUAUGGAUGCCUCAUUUUAGUUCUCUUCGUCAAGCAAUACUGUGUAACACCUUCAACAUCCUCAACUUGAC